UAAAUCCAAAACAAAUAACAAAAUAUUAAUUCUAAACCAUUAAUAAAAUUAAAUCUACACAAUUAAUCAACAAGUGAAUUCUAGCCGUUAAUCAAUAAAUUAAAUCUACCACUUAUCAACAUAUUAAAUUCUGAAUGGAGUGGGCUCAAAGGGAACUUAGAGGCCCAACCAGGGGUGCAAAGAUGGCAGAGGGAGUAUGACGAUCCAUAAGCUGAUUUUAGGCCCAAUCGGGAUUUAACGGAAACGGAACCACAUACCUCUUAUCCAAACUCAGCAAUGGCGGAAGCACAAUCUCUCCUGUUGCACCACGAAAUCCAAGCGCCGCAACACGUUCAGGAAACACAAACGCGGCGUAACACGGCAACUUCUCGAUAGAGGAUGCCACAACUUUUUCCUGCAAAUGUGAAAUCGGAAUCCAACGAACACGACGACGAGUCGGAACCUUGGUGAAAUUGUUGAGCGGUGCUAGGUAGCGCGAUCGAUGAGAGAUUGUUGGUGUGUUUGCUUCGGGCGAAUCGCUUCAGAAUCGCGCGAGGUCUUGAGUUGGAGAAUCUGUGCUGUUAUAGUUCUUUUUCUAUUCUAUUUUUCGGGAUCCUUGUGAAGUCAACGACGGAGCGAUUCAAACCAGUUCGUCAUUCUGCAGUCUUCUUCUUUAUUCUAUUAUCAAUUUCUGUUUAUGUUACUUCUUCAAUUCAUUCCGUUACAGAAUAGUUGGUUUGUGAGGAUGGAGUUCUUGGUGAAUUGAAUCGUGGUGGUGGUGGUGCGGCGGUGAUUCUUGUCGCGAUGAAGGACGAGGUGCAGAGAUGGUUAUGGAGGUUUUGUGAGAAACGGUUAUGGAAAUUCAGUUGAGUUUUGGUGGAGUUGAAGGAGAAAGAAGAAGAAUGGAAAAGUUUGUUAGAAAUUGGAGAGAGAGCGAAAAAUCGCUGUUAAUCAGAGUUACUUCAUGUUGCGUUUUGUCUGCGUGCGGCUUGGAAGUUGGCUUACAUUUUGUGCUGUGUUUAAGCUGGAUUUUCCUGCUUCAACUUUGGUGCGUCGCCGUCGCCGUUUUGGUGGUUUGGCCUCUUUUGGGUUGCAACUUUGUUUUCAACUUCGCAACUGUUUCCGUUGGCUUUGGAUUGGUACGACUUAUGCUUUUGGAUUGGAUCAUGUUUGUAUUUUCAGUUUAUGCAGGUGGUAGUUGCAUUUGGUUGUACGUUUGCCUUGUAGCUGUCAUGGCUUUUGUGAAUAUGGCAUUAAAAUGAAAAAUGGAAGUGGAUAUAGAAUUGGAAUAUGGGUUAUGGGAAUUGAAUAUUGGAUAUGUAAUUAAAACAUGGAUUUGGUUAUGGGUUAAGCCUGAAUGGUUAAUUGGAUGUGGGUUGAGUGUGAGUA